AGAAUCAAAAUUGCCCCUGGUGCAAUAGUCUGCCAGCAAGCUGAACUAAAAGGAGAGAUCUAUAUCGGUGCCAACACGGUUGUUCACCCUAGAGCUUUUAUUAUGGCCAAAGCUGGACCCAUCCAUAUAGGAGAAAACAAUAUUAUUGAAGAGCAAGCUUAUAUUCACAAUAGGUUAGAUAAAGACAAACCGGAACCAGUUCCCAUGCAUAUCGGAGACUACAAUGUUUUCGAAGUUGGAUGUCGAAUUGAAUCUAAGCAGAUUGGUAAUAGCAACACAUUCGAAGCCAAAGCUAUCGUUGGUAGAGAUACGAAAAUUACAAACAACUGCAUAAUUGGAGCUCACUGUCAACUAAGUGCCAAUGAAACAAUACCUGAGAAUACGAUAGUAUAUGGUGAUGAAUGUCAUCAAAAACAACAUAACGAGACGCCUUCAAAACAAGAUGACCAGCUGGGGUUUUUAAUUAAAAUUCUUCCAAAUUAUCAUAAUCUGAAAAAAUCGAGUAAAAAGAAAGGUUCGAAAGACUCAUAG